AUGUCAAGAAAUCCCCAAGCAGCCCGCAACACGGUCCAGCACGCUCCUCAGGCUCUCCAGCAACAGCCGGGUGCAGAUGAUCAGCCCAUGGCAGAGGAACCGCAGGAAGGCUACGCGUCUUCAACACCCACAUCCUCGCUGACAUGGAUCGCUUGGUUCUGUUCACUCCCUGGCCACGAGUACUUUUGCGAGGUCACCGAGGACUUUAUCGAAGACGAUUUCAACUUGACUGGACUAAGCGCCAUGGUUCCAUUCUGGAAAGAGGCAAUGGAAAUGGUCCUCGAUGUCGAACCGGAGGAUACCCACAGGAUACCGGAUGUUUCAAUCGUAGAAGCAUCUGCAGAACUCUUGUACGGUCUCGUCCACCAGCGAUACAUCCUCACACGGCCUGGUUUGCAAGCCAUGGCAGAAAAGUAUGAGAAUGGGGUAUUUGGAAGCUGCCUCCGAGUUUACUGCACUUCAACGCGCCUAAUACCCUGUGGGCGCUCAGAUAUGCCUGGCGUCGACACGGUGAAACUCUUUUGCCCAAACUGCAACGACAUAUAUACACCCUCUUCCAGUCGAUUUAGUGGAGUGGAUGGUGCAUUCUUCGGCACUACCUUCGCCCACCUCUUCUUCCAUACAUAUCGAGAGUAUUGGCCUGCCCCAUUCAUGCCAGGAAGACGAGUUGGUGCUUCGCCAACGAAUCAUGCCUCUCCUCAAUCCCCCAGUAACAUGGUCAACAAUGCGCCGAAUCCUACGCAAAUCAAUCCAAACCAAUAUGGAGGACAGAAACGACCUGAAUGCCGUGUCUAUGUACCAAAGAUCUACGGGUUCAAAGUUAGCGAACGAUCAAAGAGUGGACCGAGAAUGGCCUGGCUGCGUCAGCGACCAGCAACGUUUGAGGACCUUAAUGCUGUGGAUAGCCGAGGCCGAUGGAUCGCGGAACAUAGCGAUUCUGACAAUGACAGAAACGGACCUCCUGGGCCUGGAAAGAGAGGAAGGUUUGACGAUGACGAUGAUCCAGACGAACCAAUCGAGGAGGAUGAGGAAGAGGAAGACGAUGCGCCGCCUCACGGCCCAUGGUCAGGGCCUCCACCUCCAUUACCUGGACAGGGCCGGCGACCAGCCGCAGGAGGGGUAGGAGGUCGAACGCGCGCUCUCGCGCUCCCACCAAAGGAACUACGCACGCGUAGACGAAAGCUACCUCCAAUGACCAAAUGUGACUCCUCUUCCACUUCGGAAGAUGAAGAUGAGGGUGGGCUAGAAACGACAGAGGACUCCGCAUUGGAUACGCCGGCGGAGGACAGUGGUAAUACCUCCUCAUUUACUUCUGGAAAUCGAGGGAGAGAUGAAUGGGGUCGCAAGAAGCGCGAGUUGGUGGCUGUCAAGCUCGCCAACUUUAUGGGCAAGAAUGUGCAAGACAUGUUUUCUGGUCUACAGGCGAGGACAUUGAUACCCACCGACGAAUCACUCCCGAACAACGUAGCAAUAAACCAGGGUCUAGUCAUGUAG